GUGUGUAAACAGUUGUAGUCAACAGUGUACAAACAAGUUGUAGGUUUCAUGAAUCGUUUCAAUCUUUCGACGACCUCUGGAAUAUAAAUAAUCAAAGAUGAAGAUUAAAUCCAAGUCUUCGUAUCACAAAUCUGAGAACACCUACCGGUUUCUCACUUUUGCUGAAAGACUUGCCAAUGUCAACAUUGAUGUCAUCCAUCGUAUUGACCGGACUGGAGCUUAUGCAGAGGAAGUAGAAACCUACUUCUCUGAAGGACUGACAAAAUGGAAAGACCUGGACUUGACCGAGCAUUUCACUACCUUUUUGAAAGAGGUUUCCAACCGGAGUCAGUCGUUCAACAUGCUGGUGUUCCACCAGGAGUCGAUAGUGGCGAGUCUGAAAACGCACCUGGCCGUCAAGAACAGUUUGGCCUACCAAGCAUUGUUGGACCUGGUGGUGCAGCUGGCCAGAGACCUGCAGACUGACUUCUACCCCCACUUCCCCGACUUCUUCAUUCUGAUCACCUCACUGCUGGACACCAAGGACACGGGGGUCCUGGAGUGGGCUUUCACCUGUCUCUCCUUCCUCUACAAGUACAUGUGGCGGGUCAUGGUGAAGGACAUGACCAACAUCUACAGUUUAAACAGCACGUUGUUCGAGCACAAGAAAGAGCACAUCCGCAACUUUGCAGCAGAGAGCUUCUCUUUUUUGAUGAGAAAGGUUCCAGAUCUCGAUGCCCUGCUGAGCCACGUGUUCUCAGACCUGCAGCAGCACCCCGACAAGGCGGAGGGAACAGGCCAGCUGCUGUUUGAAAUGUGCAAGGGAGUCCGAAAAAUGUUCCACUCCUGCGCUACAAAAGCUUUCCCCGUAGCUUUGCGUAAGCUCGGACCCUCGACCAACACGGGAGUGUCUCUGCCGUGGGACACCGUUAAGAAGGCUCUGGAUCACAUGGCCCAGGCUGCUGCCAAUCACGUUGACCGAGAACACUUCCUGGUUCUGUGGGAGUCCUUACAGGUCAGUGUGGUGGAGGUCUUAGCUGUUGUGGAGGACAAAGGAGAAGAGGCGGAGCUGGCAACCGAGCAGCUGGAGAGGCUGCUUGUCAUCCUCCACACCCUGGUGUCCCACAAGAACGGAGCCAAGAUCACCAAGCCGGAAGCUGUCUGCCAGACGGUGUUGAGGCUGAUUCAGAGCUCGUCUCUGUCGGCUUCUUGUUCCCGUCUACUCCUCCAGAUCACCUCCUCCCUGCUCCUCGGGGAGAACGUCGCCCUGCCAAAAGCACUCACCCAGGAGAUGGUUCAAAAGGUGUUCGGCAGCACAGUGGGACAAGAUCUCAUACUGGAGUUCACCAAGGAGAUGUUCACCAUGAAGCAAUUUGAACAGCUCUUCCUCCCGAGCCUGUUGCGUUUCACAGCCGGCUUGUUUGAGAGCGGCGAUCCUGUUUCUCGCCACUGUGGCCUGGACGAGCUGGUCAGUCUGAUCCUGGCCAAAGCUCCGCCCCCCACAGACGGCUCCAUGGCCUUUGAAACCUACCCACUGCUGUUCACUGGCCAGACUACAGGAGUGUUCCCCACUAAAGACGACGGUCCGGCCAGCAACUCAACGUCAGAGCAGCCGGCGGUUCCUGACAUGGUGCUGUCGCUGAUUCACUUCCCCGGGGAGCAGAACCAGUCCAUCACCGACCUGUCGCUGCCUUGGGCUGCCCUGGUGCUCCUGCCGCACCUCAGGCCCAUCGUUCCAGCGAGUGUUGUUCCAGCUGUGACCGCUUUCUUAAACCACAUCCUGUGUGAGAUUGAGGCAGAGAAACUGGGAAAAGCUGGUCUGUUUGUGGCGGCUCAGGCCAUGAGCUGCCUCCUCACCCUGGAUGGCUCGGCCCAGCUCCUCUCACUGGUCACGGUGGACAAGAUCAACUCAAUCCUACAGAAGUUCCCCACGGACCUGUCUGCCCUGUUGCUCGGAGACCUGUACUACACUCGCCUGUCGCUCAGCGGCGUUUCAGAGCACCUGUCCCACAAUGCACUGCUGGAGCUCCACCAGAUGCUGCACGCCAACCUCUCCUCCAACAUCCCCAAGAUUCGCCUGCUGACUCUGCGGAUUCUCUCUCACUUUGAGGCGGAGCUCCAGCCGCAGGCCGAGGGCGAGGAGAGCAUGGAGGUGCAGCCGGUGUUCGCGCUGUGCCUGCAGGCGGAGCUGGUGCCGGCCUCGGUGCAGGACUACCGGGACAAGCUGCUUCACCUCCGGAAGCUGCGGUACGACCUGGUGCAGCGCAGCCUGCCUCAGGGGCCCCCCGGCACCUUCCAGCAGGUUCCUCUGCGAUACCUCAUCGCAAUGCUGUUCGUCAACUUCAAGCCCCUGUGGGAGGCGGUCCUUGAGCUCCUCGUGACCCAUGCCAGGGGGAUGGACAACAAGGACUUCUGGAGGGUCUACCAUGAACAUCUGGAAAUGGUGGCAGGGAUAGCUGAAAAAGAAUUACAGGAGAGCGACGAGGACUAUGAUGACGACGAAGAGGAGGGCGGUCUCGAGGGCGAGCCGGGCUGCGAUGUCAUUGAGAGCGGGGACAUGGGGGUGCUGUUCCUGGAGAGGCUGAAGUUGACCUCCGUCCCCAACGACAGGACGGACUUCCCCAACUUCCGCAGCCUGCUGUGGCGUUGCAUGACCCAGUUUCCCGACCGAGUGGAACCGCGCAGCCGGGAACUGAGCCCGCUGCUGCUGAGGUUCAUCCAGAAUGAGUUUUACCGCACCGACAUGCUGGUGGCCCCCACCCAGGACUUGAGGAAGGGGAAUGACGCCGACCUCGAGGAGUCUGGGGUGGCGAUGGAGGAAGACGAGGAGAGGGGGGAUGACGAGCAGGAGGCCGAGGAGGGAGGCAGACAGCAGAAGAAGGCUCCUCCCAAGAGAGCCACUGCGAAACAUCUGAUCUGCCAUCUGAAGGUGUUCGCCAAAUUCACCAACCCUCGCUAUCUGUACAUGGAGAGAAGCCUCAGUGAGCUGUAUAACCAGUUGCUCUGCCAUCAGGACCAGCAGAUCCAGCGAGUGGCUCUGGAAUGCGUCCUCACAUACAAAGACUCCAACAUCGUACCGUACAAGGAGAAUCUCGAGAGGCUACUCGAUGACAAACACUUCAAAGAGGAGAUUGUCCAUUUCAACAUUUCUGAGGAGACAGGAGUGAUUGAUGCGUCACACAGAGUCAAACUCAUCCCUUUGCUCAUGAGGAUCCUGUUCGGCCGUCUGCGGAGUAAAGCAGGCAGUAAGUUUCAAGGGAAGGCGAGCGCCGCCACCCGGUCCUCCAUUAUCCUGCGCUUUCUGGCAGGAUGCCAACCCGAGGAGCUGGGAAUAUUCAUCGACCUGCUGCUGGAGCCCAUCCGCAAACACAGUGAAGGUUCGUGCCUGGCAGCGGUGGAGAAAGCCGUGGCGGAGACAGACGUGGGGGCCGUCCUGCCGCUGGGCCGGCAGCACAGCCUGCUGAACAUCAUCAAUGUGGUGAUCCAGAAACUGGGCCACCUCAUCCACAUCUACCUGCCCAAGGUGCUGCAGAUCCUGCUGUGCGUCACCGCCUCCGUGUCCGUCGUCCUGGAGAAGAGGGACCAGCUGCGUCCAGGUUGCAUCGGUCCUCUGAAGAACCUGAGGCGACUCGGCAUCCUGAGGAUCCAAGACUUUUUUGACGGCUUCGACUCCUACAGCUUCAGUGCGGACGAGCUGGAUGCCGUCUUUCAGGCCGUGGUCUGGCCUCAGUUGUGUCGUCUCCCGACAGAGAGCCCUUACUCCCCGACCCCUCUGCUGAAACUAAUCCACGUUUGGUGCAAAAAUGCAAGGUACUUCCCCCUCUUGGCCAAGCAGAGACCGAACCAGCCGGAGUGCGAUGUCCUCCUGAACGUCUUCGCCAUCCUCUCAGCCAAGAAAGCUUCCCCGGUGACCAUCGGAGUGGUAAUGGACAUCGCUGAGUUCCUCGCGACCGCUGAAGACUUCGUACCCUCGGAGGCUGAGACGGAGCUGAGCAUCACCGGCUGUCUGUUCCCGCAGCCUAAAGAGGGCUCGCUUGUCACUGCCGACUCGCUACACCAGGGCUCCAGUGUGCUGCUGCCUCACAUAUCCACCUUGCUGCAGUACCUCAGCGGAGUCGUGCGCAACACAGACCGACUCAAGAAGAAGAAGUUCAGAGUUCAGGUGGCAAAAGAGCUCAACAUCCUCUCCAAGGUCAGUCGGUUUGUGAGCGACAAGGAGCAGAGCUCGGUACUCAUCACCUUGCUGCUGCCCUACCUCCAGAAAGGCUUCAACCCUCAAGAGACAGAAAUCGACAUCCUGGCCACGGUGCAGAACCUGCUGCGACAGUCCGUGCAGCCAUCCGUCUUCCUGCGGCCGCUCGGCAAACUCUUUGCCAUCAUUCACCACAAGCUGCCCAGGCAGGCCCUCACCAACGUCUUCCAGACUCUGUCAGAUCUGGAGCCUUCCCUUUCCUACAUCACUGAUUUAGCCUCAAAGCUCAACGCGUUCGACAGUCGCCACUUGGACGAGGUCCACUUUGACGUGCGCCUGGUGGCUUUCCAAGACGCCUCCAUGCGGGUCAAGGGCAUGACGACCCUGGACAUGGACUACAUCUACGUCAUCAUGCACAACUGCUUUCACACCUUUGAGAUGGGAGACAUGUCGCUGGGAGACAACGCCACCUUGUGUCUGUCGGCCGUGAUCACCCAGCUGGCGGCGGUCGGUGCUGGAGAGCAGCUCUACAAGGACGUUGUGCAACACACCAUCCUGACCGCCGUGCACAAGGGACUGCGCAGCACGACCGAUACUGUGCAGCAUGAAUACACCACAGUGCUGGCCUGCUUGGUGAAGACCUUUCCCUCCAGGAAAGAGUUCCGAGACCUGGUACAGCUCACCGACUACAACGACGCCGAGUCUGACUUCUUUGAGCACAUGAAGCACAUCCAGAUCCACCGUCGUGGGCGUGCCCUGAGGAAGCUGGCCAAGCAGCUGACCGAGGGCCAGGUGGCGAUGACGCCUCGUUCACUGCAGAAUUACAUAAUGCCGUACGCCAUGACCGCCCUGCUGGACGAGAAGAUGCUGAAGCAUGAGAGCAUGAUAUCGGCGUCGGUGGAGAUUGUGGGCGCUGUGUGCCGCAAGCUGACCUGGUCCAAGUACCUCUACUACCUCAAACACUUUGUCCACGUCCUGCAGACGGGGCAGGCCGAGCAGAAACUGGCUAUUAGUUUGCUGAUCACAGUCCUGGAGGCUUUCCAUUUUGACCAUCAAACCCUCAGCAGAGAAAUGGAAGCAGCCAAGGCCAGAGAGACUGGGAGAGUUGAAGUCGACGCCGAGGAUGAGGACCAAGCUGCAGCCGGCGAAUCGGACGCCAGCGACGACGAGGAAGCAAUGGAGGUAGACGGUAAGACCGCUCCGACCGACGUUCCCAUGGAAACGGACACCGCCAGCAGAGAAGAGCACGUCGCCUCGAAAGAAGGAGCCACCUCCGAAGCCAAGACGCCGACGGGUCCAAAGCCCUUCGUGGUAGCCAGCGGGCUGCCGCAGAGCACGGGGGAGCUGGAGUCUCUGAUCCGCGCCAUCCACCAGACCGUCACCAACAGCGUGCUGCCUCGCCUGCACAAGUGUCUCACUGCAAAGAUAAAGCGUGACGAUGAGCACAAGUCGGUGAAGUCGAAGGAUGUGAAGGAGGAGGAGGUGGCGAGGAUACCGAUCGGCUUCGCCAUGGUCAAAAUGAUGCAGACUCUGCCUCCUGACAUCAUGGAGGUCCACUUGCCUGGGAUCCUGAUGAAGGUGUGUGUGGUGCUGAGGAGCCGCUUCCAGGAGGUUCGCGACGUGGCGAGGGGAACUCUGGUGAAGAUCAUCGAGACUCUCGGCUACAGGUACCUGCAGUACCUGCUCAAAGAGAUGCAGGGGGUCCUGGUCAAGGGCUACCAGGUCCACGUGCUAACAUUCACAGUACACCAGCUGCUCUUGGUCCUCACUCCAACCCUGAAGAGUGGUGACCUGGACCCAUGCAUGAACAUGCUGAUCGAAAUCUUCAACAACGAGCUGUUUGGGCCUGUGGCCGAGGAGAAGGAGGUGAAGGGGAUCGUCUCCAAGCUGAUGGAGGCUCGGCACAGCAAGAGCAUGGACUCCUACGAGCUGCUGGCCCGCUUUUGCAGCAAGGACAGCGUAACCAAGUUCCUAUUGCCACUGAAGGAGCUCCUGGAGAACUCCUUUAGUCUGAAGGUGUGUAACAGGGUGGGGGCUGUGCUGAGGCGGCUGGUCCUGGGUCUGCUCGUCAAUGACGGCAUGACUGCUCAAGACAUCUUGCUGCUGUGCCACAGCCUGGUCAGCCAAAGUCUGCCGCUGCUUACAAAGAGAGACCGAGAGAAAGCCUCAGCUAAGCCUCCCCCAGACCCCAGACUGCCCCCUCCCAGCUGCCUGCUCCUGCUUCCGACUCCAAAGAGAGGCGGUCAGAAAGCGCCGGUCAGCAGCCGAUCCAACAUGUACAUCCUCGUGGACGCCGGCCUCAAGCUGCUCCACCUGAGUCUAAAGAAAUCCAAAGUGACGUCGUCCGACACCUCGGCUCUGGAGAUGCUGGAUCCUUUCGUGCCGCUGCUCAUCGACUGCCUCAACUCCAUGCACGUCAAGGUGAUCACUGAGGCCCUGGUGGCAUUCACUUGGCUGUUUAAGUUCCCUCUGCCCGCAGUGCAACAGAAUGCCAACCAGCUGACCAUGCAGCUCUUUAUCCUGCUAAAAGAUUACUCUAAGGCCGGAGCCGCCCGCGGGGAGAACUUCAGCCUCGUCCAGAACUGCUUCAAGGCCAUCACCAUGCUGGUGAAGAACGUCAAACACAACCAGAUUUCAGAGACACAACUACAAGUGCUGCUGGGAUAUGCCGAGGAAGACAUCUACGACCAGUCUCGCCAGGCCACGGCCUUCGGCCUGCUGAAGGCAAUUCUGUCCAGGAAGCUCAUCGUUCCAGAGAUGGAGGAGGUUAUGAAGAAAGUUGCCACGCUUUCCGUAAACGGCAGCAACAACAUGAUCAGAAUCCACUGCCGACAGAUCUAUCUGAAAUACCUGCUGGACUACCCCCUGGGGAAGAAGCUGAGAGGCCACAUGAACUUCGUGGUGGCCCAGCUGCACUACGAGCACGACACAGGCCGGGAGUCUGUGCUGGAGAUGAUGGCCUACAUCUUCCAGACGUUCCCCCAGAACCUGCUGAUGAAGUACAGCGGCUUGUUCUUCGCCCCGCUGGCCCUGGUCGUGGUCAACGAUGACUCUGCUCGCUGUAAGAAAAUGGCCACCAUGGCCAUCAAGGCCCUGCUGGCCAAGCUGGACUUGAACCAGCAGAACAACCUGUUCACCCUCGUCAACACCUGGCUGAAUGCAGAGAAGGCCAGCCUGCGGCGUCUCGGGGCUCAGCUGUGUGGCCUGUACGUGGAGCUGGAGGGGGACAAGUUUGCCCGUCGCAUGAACGACCUGCUGCCGCUGGUGGAGAAAGAGAUAAACCCUGAGAAAUACGAAGACAUCGAGGAGGAGGAGGACGAGAGAGGAGCAGACCGGCUGCUGUUCAGUUUUCUGACUCUCCUCACCAAACUGAGUAAACACUGUGGCCUGCUGGAGCGCCGCAAGCCUCACGACACCCUGUGUAGUAUCUGGGCUCACAUUGAAGCCCACCUGCGGUACCCUCACUGCUGGGUGUGGCUGACGGCCUCGCAGCUGUUUGGUCAGCUGUUCGCAGCCUAUCCGGCAGAGCAGCUGGUGGCCGUAUGGAGAGGAGAGGGAGAUGCUUCACCUAAGUCUCCAGCCACAUCCUUUCUCACCAGCCGCAUGGACAAGAAGAUGAGAGAGUUGGCGUUAUCUUUCUGCCAUCAACUCCAGUCCAGGUUCCUAGACGUAGCGUCAGGAGAGCAGGUGAUCAAGAACCUGCUGUUCGUGGGGAAAGUGAUCUACCUCCUUUCUCCCGAGUCUGAUGCCACCCCCCCUCAGGAAGAAUCGAAAAAUGAGGAGAAGGAGAAGAAGGAGGAAGAAGAAGAAGAAAAAGAGGAGGAGGAGCAGCAGAAUGCAGAUGAAGAGAGGGAAGAGAAAGAAGUAGAGGGGAAAGAUGAAGAUGAAAAGGAGGAGGAGGAGGAAGAUGAAGGUGACCAUGAUGAUCGGCCUCCUUCCCUGCUGUGGUUGAUAAAGAAACUGUCGCUGAUGGCCAAGCGAGAGGCAGCGUUCACUCCCAAAGUUCCCCUGAGGAGAACGUGUGUGUUCAAGUUCCUGGGCGCGAUAGCCAUGGACCUGGGGAAGGAGCGACUGGGUCCCUAUCUGACCACGCUCAUCACGCCUCUCUACAGGGAGCUGGACAGCACCUAUGCAGACCAAGAUCCCACCCUGAAGAACUUGGCACAGGAGCUGAUCGAGCUGCUGAAGAAACACGUGGGGCUGGAGAAGUUCUCUCUGGCCUUCUCUGCGGUCCAGAAGGAGUUUUCACAGAAGAGAGCUGCACGCAAACGACACAGAGCCAUGCAGGCGGUGGCAAACCCAGAAAUCGCAGCCAAGAAGAAACUCAAGAAGCACAAGAACAAAAUAGAAGCCAAGAAGAGGAAGAUCGAGUUCCUCCGGCCCGGAUAUAAAGCCAAGAGGCACCGGAGCAACGUGCUCAAAGACCUGGCCAUGGUGCAGUGAGCCCAGUCGGGUUCAUCAGAGACGCUCGGUGGGAUCGAAGGCCGUUGAGCCCAGGAAAGAGACUCCGGGGAGUCAGCGGGCCGUGUCCAUGUUCUUGGGGAUUAACCGGCGGACGAUUUCAGCAAAAAAGUCUCACUUCAUGUUCUUGCAUAAUAUUAUAAAAUGAGAUAUCGUGUCACCGCUGUUGCGCGUCAGGAUGUCUCCGUAUUGCUAACGACAUCAGUUCAUAUGAACUCAACGUUUUUCUUCUUUUUUUUUCUCUCCAGUGAACAAAGUCUAGAGUCGUCCUCAGAUUUAUAUCCUGUGCAGUUGACCGUACUUUUUGUAAUUAAAAGGAUAAGACAUUUUGA